UGAUCAGAAUAACGUGAAGAAACAUGUCUGGCAGAGGCAAGGGCGGUAAGGGCCUGGGGAAAGGAGGCGCCAAGCGCCACAGGAAGGUGCUGCGGGAUAACAUCCAGGGGAUCACCAAGCCCGCCAUCCGCCGCCUGGCACGCAGAGGGGGAGUCAAGCGCAUCUCCGGCCUCAUUUAUGAGGAGACUCGGGGGGUGCUGAAAGUUUUCCUGGAGAACGUUAUCCGGGACGCUGUCACCUACACCGAGCACGCCAAGAGGAAGACUGUUACCGCUAUGGAUGUGGUGUAUGCUCUCAAGCGCCAGGGCCGCACUCUCUACGGAUUCGGGGGUUAAAUCCGCGCUUCUAUUUUCCCAUCAAAACGGCCCUUUUAAGGGCCCCCACUAAUUCACUAAAAGGCUGUGAUUGUAUCUAAUCAAUUUAUAGGGAGCAGAUAAUAUACAAUGUUACGGGUUGGGAAGGAAAGUAGGUCCGGGCCCACAGUGCGGAUCUGAAUGGCUGAAGGGAUAAAUCUCCUGAAUAGGUGACUUGGCUGUAAUAACUCGAGCUAAAGAGAUGGGGCAAUAUAAAUAUAUAUAAAUAAACGCUAU